CCCCCCCCCACCACCCCCCUUCAUCAGGAGGACUGUUUGUGUGACGGGGGGGAGGGGGAAGAUCCUCUCCCCGCCUUUACCCUCUCCCUCUCUCUGGGUCUGUAGCGGGGCCGGGGCCUGGUCUCCUCCUCCCGCUCCCCUCCCCCCCGGCUCCCCAGGUGUGAGCCUCUCCUUCUCUGACUAGCGGCUCCUCCGUUUUUUUUUCUCUCUUUUUAAAUUAUUCCCCCCCCCCCACUCUUUCCCCACCUCCCGCCCCGUCCUACCCUCUCAUUUUAUUUCGCCCACCUCUGGUGUACUGUACUUCGGGUUCAUUGACAUCUUCCUCUUCUCUCUGUGUCCCCCUCCCCCCUCCCCGGCCUUUCUUUUUCUCUCUCUGUCUCUCCCCCUCUCUCUCCCUUUCGGACAUCAAUUAUUCACUUGCAAAGUGAGGAAGGGGGGAAAACGAGGAAGAAAAGGAGGAGGAGGAGGAAGAUUAAAGCGAGAAAAUGUCGGGCCAGACGAUCACGGACCGGAUCGCCGCGGCUCAGUACAGUGUGACUGGCUCGGCCGUGGCCAGGGCUGUCUGCAAGGCGACCACCCAUGAGGUGAUGGGACCCAAGAAGAAGCACCUGGACUAUCUUAUUCAAGCCACAAAUGAGACCAAUGUUAAUAUACCUCAAAUGGCUGACACACUUUUUGAGAGAGCAACGAACAGCAGCUGGGUGGUGGUUUUCAAGGCUUUAGUUACUACACAUCAUUUGAUGGUCCAUGGCAAUGAGAGAUUUAUUCAGUACCUGGCAUCUAGAAAUACUUUGUUCAACCUCAGCAAUUUUUUGGAUAAAAGCGGGACACAUGGUUAUGACAUGUCUACGUUUAUUAGAAGAUACAGCAGAUAUUUAAAUGAAAAGGCAUAUUCCUAUAGACAGAUGGCAUUUGAUUUUGCAAGAGUGAAGAAAGGGGCUGAUGGUGCAAUGAGAACAAUGGCUCCAGAAAAAUUGUUGAAAGGCAUGCCAAUACUGCAAGGGCAGUUGGAUGCGCUACUGGAGUUUGAUGUCAGCCCUGGUGAAUUGUCAAAUGGAGUAAUAAAUGCUGCUUUCUUGCUACUUUUCAAAGAUCUAAUCAAAUUAUUUGCAUGUUACAAUGAUGGAAUCAUUAAUUUGCUAGAAAAAUAUUUCGAAAUGAAGAAGGGACAAUGUAAAGAAGCAUUAGAAAUUUAUAAAAAGUUUCUUACUAGGAUGACAAGAGUUUCAGAAUUUCUUAAAGUUGCUGAACAAGUAGGAAUUGACAAAGGUGACAUCCCUGAUCUGUCUCAAGCCCCUAGCAGUCUUUUGGAAGCCCUUGAACAGCAUUUGAAUACACUGGAAGGCAAGAAAAAUGCAGCUGGCAGUAGGACUGCUGGAGCAUCACAGGGAAAUAUGGGUUCACCGGAAAACACGGGAUCAUCCCCUACUUGUAGUCCAGCAAAGGUGGCUGAUACAUCUGCGGUAGUCGAUUUGUUUUCACCCCCACCCUCUGUAGUUCCGACAAAUGCAUCUAAAUUAUCCAGUGAUCUUCUUGAUCUACAGCCAGAUUUUACAUCUCCAGUGCAAUCAACAGUGACUACUAAUCCGCCAUCCAGUGCUUGGGGAGAUUCUUUGACUUCUCCUGCCCUCCCUAAUGCCUCUGAGGCACAACCUUCUGAUCCAUUUGUAGCAGAAGCCACCCUGACCACUCCUCCUACAAUCGCUGAAACUCCUACACCUGCUCCUGCUCCUACAGCAACAACCAGUGAUUUGGAUCUUUUUGGAGAUGCAUUUGCAGCUUCGCCUACUGAAGAAUCAACAACAUCUGAAGGGGCAGGAGCAACAGCAGCCCCUGCAGCAGCAGCGCUUGAUGCAUGUGCUGGAACUGACCCUUUUGCACCAUCUGAAGGUAGUGCAGAGGCUGCUGCUGAACUGGACCUUUUUGCUAUGAAGCCUGCUGAGGCCAGCGUUCCUGCAACUACCCCCACUACCAGUGCAACUGCCAGUACAACUACCAGUGCCAUUACCAGCACAACAACUAGUGUGACUACGACUGAGACUGUUACUGUUACUGCUACUGCUACUGCGACCGCUACUACUACUACUAUUACUGCGACUGCUACUACUACUGCACCUCCUACCACAACAACUGCUGAUACUACUGUCACCACCACUGCACCUGUUCUUGAUAUUUUCGGUGAUUUGUUUGAUUCAAUACCUGAACCAAAUGCACCUGCAACUCCCAAACCAGAAACCGCUCCUAGUGUAGACCUGUUUGCAUCAGAUGCUUUCACAACCCCUUCUCGUGGGGCUUCUCCUUUGCCUGAAAAUAGUCUUACUGCUGAUCUGUUAUCUGUUGAUGCAUUUGUAGCACCACCACCUACAAUCAGUGCCUCUCCUGCUAAAUCAGAAUCUUCAGCUGUAAUUGAUCUUUUUGGUGGAUUCGGAAAUGCAUUUAUGACACCGACAGCGACACCAAUACCUCCGGUACAGAAUAAUGUUUUGCAACCUGACUUUGAAACAGCUUUUGGUAUGACAGCUACAAGUAACACCUUUGAUUCAUCAGGUGAUCUCCUAAUGCCUACAAUGGCAUCACAGAAUCAGGCAAUACUUUCAGGAAUGCCAGCACCAGCAGGAACACAGCCAGUGAAAAGCCUAGGGAGUGAUCUUGAUUCUUCACUUGCAAAUCUUGUAGGAAAUUUGGGUAUUUCUCCUGCUCCAGGAAAGAAGAGUGACCUGCAAUGGAAUGCUUCAGAAAGGAAGUUGACAGGAGGAGCAAAUUGGCAGCCAAAGGUUGCUCCAACCACAGCUUGGCCAGCGGGUUGUCCACCCAGCAACCAAAUGAAUGGUUGGCCAAUCCCAGGUUAUGGAGCUGUUCCACCUGUAGGGCCUCCACCCACUGCUCAACCAGUACCUGGAUUUGGGAUACCACCUGCAAGUGCAGGUAUGCCCAUGAUGCCUCAGCAACCAAUGAUGUAUCCUCAACCCAUGAUGAGACCAGCAUUUGGAGCUGGAGCAGUUCCCGGAGCACCGCUGCAGUUCUUGCGAUGAUGGGAACGUUGAAGAUGACAACAGUUGAUAUUGAAUACCCCAAGCAAUCCACCAGUCAUGUUUCAAUGCUUAUUCAGACUUCCAUAUUGUAAAAGGUGUAGCACAACUGUGAAAGUAACCCUUAGAAAUGUGUACUUUUUGAUGUUAUGCCCUAACCUAUCAGGAGUUGUGCAUUUUGGAUUGUGUUUUGCAACUUGAAAGAUGGGUGUAUGUUUCUGAUGCCUUUUUAGUGCUUCUCUGUACCUAACUUCAUAGUUUAGGUUGCAGAUUUGCAGCUGUCGUGUGAUGAGCCACUUGGAGUAAUGUGUUUGUAUUCUUGAAAGUGCAAAUGUAUAUAAUUUCAUUGCAGAGCCUAGAAUGUCAUGUCUGUUCUGUAUACCUAUUUGCUUACAGUCAUGAUUCUGAUAGCAAUUUACAUAUAAACUAAUGUGCUCACACCCUUCAAAUCUUAAGUCUGAAGCUUUGUCAGAAGCAAUUUACAGCUCCAAAAAUUGAGUUAAACAUUCAAUCCAAUUAUUUUUAAGGAAACAUUUGUGCAUUACAUUCAAAAUUAUUUAUAAUUCCUUAAAGUAAUAUAAAAUUUGAUGUUAAACUUCCAUAAUCUGCACUGAUCUUGGCACGAAGGUUUUACGUGACAAAAAUGUAUGCUAUUUGCCAAGACAGAAAAUGUUAUCUAAAUAGGUCUCAUAUUUAUAUCUAUCAGUAUGUUAAAUUACUGUGUUUAAUUUUGUUUAUGUUCUAUUAUGUAUUCUUUGCUUAAUGGACAAGCAGUAAAAUAUUGGACACUGAGAAUGAAUAUUUUGGGAAAGACAAUAAUGGAUUCAUGUUCUCAGCUGUGUCUUCAUUGUAAGGGAUCACAAAGCAAUUCAAAUGCACUUUUUUUUUUGCUUGUCCAACUUUUAAUCUUUUUCCAACCAGCAUAUCAUAUUUUGUUUAUUUUUGUUUGGAAGUUCUUUUAUCAUUAGUGUUGUCAGUAAGUUUUUAUAUGCAAACAGAUAAUCUCAAACAAUGCCCAGAAUCUCUCCUAUACCCUUCCACUCUUACUGAAACAACAUGUACUGUGUGAUUCCCAGGGAAACGUCAUAUUGUUUCUGCAGACUGCUUGGCAAAAAGGUGUAGGCACCAACAAAGGAGAUCACUGUUGAUCAGUGGAAUUAGUGUUCUCAGGCAUGGCAGCUGUUUUGUAAAAACGCUAUGCAGUUUGAAAGUGUUUCAUUUAUGUCUCUUCAGAUCUAUCAGUAUAUCUAUAUAUUGUAUCAUUCCAAGUAAGUGUAUCUGGAAUUAAUGUGGAAAAAAUACAUUAUAUUUAAAAUAUUACUCUUUUUAUUUAAAUUUGUUUGAUUCUUUUUGUUUAUGAUCCAGUGCAUGUAUGCCCUUUGAAAUGCAAUAAAUGCGUUGAAUGAAGUAA